CACCCACACAUACACACACACAGAGGGUCCUAUCUUUCAUCAUUGUCAGCAGAAUUCUCUAUGUUUUAACACGAAAGAGAUUCAAGAACAUCAAGAGAUUCAAGCAUUCCAAUCCAUGGUUGGAGUCAUAGUAGAUUCACCUCAGAAGAAUUGAAGUCCUGUUGUUGAAUUCCUUCUUCUCCGAGGAAUAGGAUUCUUCUAGAAGCUGAAUUCCGGGAAAUAUUUCGACAUUCAGAUCAAAGAAUUGCGUGAAAAAAAGGAGGGAGGAACAAACGAAGUCGUGUCAUCUACGUACGCUGCUUCUAUUGGAUCUGGCCAGCUAAUUUGAAUCUGUAAACUCUCAUUCUUGGUUCCUGCGAUCUAAGUGAAGGAGCAGAUUGUCAAUUUACACGAUUGCCGCAACUAAUUCGAUCCGAAAUCUGAGAAGCAAAGUCUCAAAAUCUUCCUGGGGGCGCAGAGAUGGAGCUUUCUCAACCCCGUCCCUGUGGAGCCCAAGGUGCCAAGCCCACGCAAGACUUUCUUUCACUUUAUUCACCUGCUCAACAAGAUCCAACCCCCAGCAUUGCAGGUGGUUACAUCAGAACUCAUGACUUCUUGCAACCACUGGAACAAGUUGGGAAGAAUGUUGCCAAAGAAGGCAUUGAAAAAUCUUUCCUAUCUGGUCCCCCAACUAUGGUGGAGCACAUUCUCCCUGGGGGGAUGGGGACUUACAGCAUUAAUCACAUUUCAUAUAUCAAUGAAAGCCAAAAGGUACCAAAGCCUGAGGGGAUUGUGACCUCGGCUGCACAAUCAAGUAGUAGCAAUAACAAUGAUGAAAACUCAAACUGCAGUUCUUACACAGGAAGUGGUUUCACGCUGUGGGAAGAGUCCAAUGUAAACAGGGGAAAGACGGGGAAGGAGAAUAUUGCAGGAACUAGGCACGUCAUUAGAGACGGGGGGAUGAAAGUUGGAGUGCCAUGGAUGACAUCCAUGGAGCGGCCAUCGCAGUCCUCAUCUAUCCAUAACCAUCCAAGCACAACCUUCAGUUCUCUUUCCUCCUCUCAUCCAUCAUCAGCCCCUAAGAAUCAGUAUUUUCUUGAUGCGGUGAAGUCUGCUAUGAGUGUCCGAGAAGAGGAAUACAAUGAUGAAGAGUUUGUUAUCAAGAAAGAGCCAUCCUUCCACCAUAAAGGUGGCAUAUCGGUUAAAGUUGGCACCACGAACCCUGAUCAAAAGCCCGACAGCCCACGUUCAAAGCACUCUGCAACAGAACAGCGCAGAAGAAGCAAAAUUAAUGACAGGUUUUCAAUGUUGAGAGGAAUCAUCCCUCAUGGUGAUCAAAAGAGAGAUAAGGCAUCAUUUUUGUUAGAGGUUAUCGAAUACAUUCAGUUUCUACAAGAGAAGGUGCACAAGUAUGAGGAUUCAUACCAAGGAUGGACCAACAAACCACCAAAUAUGACCUCAUUGAACAACAUACCAACGAAAUCCUUGGUUGAUCAUCAACCUCAACUUCCAAACAAUACAUCUCGGCCAGCAUUCGUCUUGGAUUCUAACACCAGCUCGCUUGAUGCGAUCAAAGAAACGACGAAUACAUCAUUUCCUGUUGCUGAAUCCUUUCAUACACACAUAUGUGCUCCUGAUACAGCCUCAAAGGCUCAACCCCAGUUACUGCAUAGCAGAUCAUGUACAACUGACUGCACUGGAGACAAGUUGAAAGAUCAAGACCUGAUAAUUGAAAGUGGUACAAUUAGCAUCUCAACCAUCUAUUCUCAAGGAUUAUGCAGUGGUCUAACGCAAGCGCUAAGGAGGUCGGGCGUGGAUUUGUCACAAGCCAACAUCUCGGUACAAAUUGAUCUGGGAAAGAGAUCAUCAAAUGCGAGUAGUAUCUCACCACCCGAUCUCAAGGAAAAUGGGACUCCUCCCAUCGAUCAAACGCUACCACGCUGGCAAGAAGAGAGCGGUGAAGCCUCUAAGCGGUUGAAGACAAAAGCAUAACGUAACACAAAUUCAAUUCUUUUGCCUGUGAAGGGGUUCGACUCCAAGCACCAUCCACGAUGCAUGAUAUACCUCUCCAUAAAUAGUUGUGCCCACCGAUAAGAUACUCUGGGGCCGUUUUAGAAGGUGAUGUCAUACCUUUUUUGAAGAAUUCAAUUCAUUUGAUUUAAUUCGUGAUUUCCUGGGGGGCAGGCAGGUGGAGAUUCUGUUUAACAUUAUCGAGGAUCAUACAUGUUUUUUUUUUCUAAAUUGACUGAAAAUAGUCAAUCUUUCCAACCAAAUUAACUUUUUAGCCACUUUUUAACCGAAUUCCCAUUUUAGCUAAACUCGAUUUUUAGAUUAAAGAAAAAGAAAAAAAGAUCUUUAAACAUUGCGUAAACAAGUUACGUAACGAUCCCCAUUUAUGUAAAGAAUUUCCUUAAGAAUACCCAUUUGUUUCUCUUUUUUAACUUAAAAUAGGCUUUACGCAAAUAUGCAGACAUUUGCGUAACUCUUGGGAUAUGGUUUUAAAAAUGACUAAAAAAAUGAAUUUGGUAGGAAA